UAGUGAAUGGUAGUGUCUAGAAAGGGUAUGUCCCUUCAGGAGAGAGGUGCCAAUGUCCAACCGGCCUAAUUCCAAUCCAGGGGGGUCACUGCGCCGUUCACAGAGGAACACUGCUGCGGCCCAGCCACAAGCCCAUACAGUCGCAGGAAGGUAUGUCCCCCAGCACCCCUAAUAUCUGUGUGCUCACCUGUUUGUGUCUUUGUCGGUUUUGAACAUGUAAGGGCAUGCUUGAAGCUGUUGUCUACUGUGUAGUUUUCUCUACUUGCAGAACUUUUCUAAAAAUGGCUACAAUUAUUCAUGUUCACCAUUGAUUAUAAUUUUAAUAAGGUCCUAAACCCUAUCAGAGCUGGAGCUGAUGACGUUCAUUCUAAUGUUUUUAAAAUGUCAGAAGCCUUUCCAAUGUGUUAAGUUAAAGGAAAAGCAUUGUGUGGGGGUUAUUUUAUAUUAAUCUAUCAGUACAAGUACAUUUAGAUUGUUUUUGCAUGGUGUUCUCCAGAGGCAUUCCUUGGAGUAGUACAGGAUGGGUGAACAAUGAUAGGGGAAUGACUUGAAGUAUUUUAUUCAUGAUAUAGAGUGAUUACGCAAAACCCACACUGUCACUUGCUCUUUAAUUCCCAACCUUACAGGUUGCAGUCAGAGCAGGUAAAACAUAAAGCAAAUUCCCCUCCUGAAAGUAGAAGACCUAAAUCUAAGGCUUCCAAAGCCGCACCCAGCUCAGCCUCUGGCCAGUCCAGAGGGCACAGCUCAAGAAGGUACCCCUCGCUCCUUAGCACUCACUGUGUUUGUGGGGUCUGCUUUUGACAAUCGACUAUCGUGAUUGGAUAAAAAUGUAUUAACUAUUGUUUGUUUUCAAUCUAUUGCGCCCUUGGCUAUUCACUGUAAGCCUAAAUUAACUGAAUGGAAGCAUUGUACUUGAUCUCUGUCUUUCCUGUUUGGAAACUGUGCUAAAAGGUUAUCCCUUUCUCCUCUCCUCCAGCAGCAGCAGCAGUCUGUCACUGUCUGUGGCUUCAUUUGUGCUGCAAGAAGACCCAGAGGCCGCAGGGACAUCAGAGCGAGAGCCAACAGGCCACCAAUCCAAGAGUGAAGGUACCACCCGAGGGUUGAAGAGAAGUUCUGCACCUGACCUCAACAACACCCCCACCCCAGCCAAGAAGUCCAAAUCCCACCCCCCACCCAGAGACCAUACCACUGAGGCCAAGAAAGGCCUUGCCAAAUCCUCCAAGAAGAGACCCCUGGCUCCAGAGCCACCCGCGCCCACAGGCCGCAUCCAGAGCAAGAAAAGCGGGGCCUCUGGGGCCUCACCGACCCAGAAACGGAAGAAGGCUGACUCCCUCCCCGGUCUGAGCAGCACUGCUGGGUCCUUCCCCAACCGUACCGACGGCAGAUCUGCAAAACCCACCAAGCUGGCGUCGAAGUCGGCCGCCUCAGCCAAAGCUGGGUGUAGCACCGUGACUGACUCCUCCUCUUCUGCCUCCACCUCGUCCUCCUCCUCCACCAGCGCCAACAGUGCCACCGCCACACAGGGCGCCAGGCUCAAGCAGGGCAAAGACCAGAACAAGGCACGUCGCUCCCGCUCCGCCUCCAGCCCCUCCCCACGCCGAAGCACCCGCGACAAGGAGCAGGCCAAAGCCGCCGUCUCGUCCAAGUUUGAGUGGGCGGCCCGCUUCAGUCCCAAAGUCAACCUGCCAAAGCCCAAACUGUCCCUACCCGGCUCCUCCAAGACAGAGACCACCUCCAAACCUGGGCCCUCAGGACUACAAGCCAAACUAGCAAGUGCGUCUGUCCCACCCUCUCAUACCUGUGUGUACUGUUUCACAUUUCCCUUAAUCCAAGGGGGGUUUGGGGUGCUCAUAUUUGUAAUGGUCAGCCAGCCAGGAUCAAAUGGUUUGCUACCUUCAGGUUCGAAGGUUGUAGGGUUAUGUGAGUAGCAGCCUUUGGAGGGUCGCUGUGGUAGAGGUUACUCUCAGGGAUUAAAUGUCACAGGACCCGUGUUGCAGCUUCAGUUACAGAAACACACUUUGUACUGGGACCUGCUGCUGCCGGGGUGACUGCUUCUCACACCAGACACACACACACACACACACACACACACACACACACACCAAGCAGGAAUUAACCCUGCACAGACAGUCGGUGCUGAUAAACAUGCAUGGACAUACACACAUAGAGAGAACCUUGCAGAUAAACUCCCACAGACACACGUGUAACUGAUAUAGGUGGUCCCAAUUCGCUUCUUUGUUCCCUUUGGCCCUAACCCUUCAAUGUUUACAGAUCUGGAGGUUCUGGAUUAGUAUAACAGUGUAGUGGUAAACCAUAUUGCUUAUGCCUUAAAGAUCUGCAAAUAUCUGGCUUCACUAGGAGCUGGGUGACUGGUUCAGAGUUCAGCUUGUUUCAGUACCAGGCCAGCCUCAAACUGGAAGAUAUAAAUAAUCUGUCUGGUGGCUCUACUGUAGCCUGUUGGACUGUGGCGCAAAUUGAUAUUUGUGAAGGUCAGACUGAUUCACUACAGCCGCUCAGAUGUUAGGUAGGUGUUAAGGGCUCGCUAACGUGCUCCGAGGCAUUAGAAUACUUUUGCUGUCAGAUCAGACACAAUCAGCCCUGAGGUUACAGGUCACAUCACAGCGAUGCAUUAUGGGAAUUUUAGUGUAGGAUGAAGGUCAGACCGCGGCUGUGGUUUGUUUUGAAGAUGAGUGAAUGACUGCACGGCUCCAAAUGUUCAAAGACUCAUACAGUUUAAGUUUAAAGCUCAUAGGUGGGUUAGGGGGGAGGUGUCACGAAUGUAGUGCAUGCGGGCGAGUGGAAGAUGAUCAGUGGUUCAGCGGUGGGUCAGUGUGUUCUGGGUUGGGGUAGGGGAUUCCAAGAUGGUAACCGAGGCUGGGCACGCUGCCACAGGGCCCAGCUCCAAACAUGUGCCCCCUUUGAGAGGACCUAGACCGGCCCACCCUGCCUGCCGGCUGGCCGACUAGCAGGCAUCAGGUUCUUACUGGGGAGAGGAGGGAGGGGAGCAGAGAGAGUGAUUCACCCACUUUUAUUAAGGGGCACAGAUUGUCACUUGUAGUGCACACUGUCACACACACACACACUCUCAACAUCUAUUCUCAGCCUCUGUCGACUCUGCUGCUAUAAUGGUGAGUAAGCCAGAUUGCAUGGUGGGGUACGCGGUGUGGCUGUGAUAGCGUGCAUCAGGCUUUCUGCUGUAGCAACAAUACAUUGCCAUUUUGAUUAUUCUGUUGGGUUACUGGGGGUCAUGAGUGAGGUGUGUGUGGUUGCGUUUGUCACUACUUGUCUGCUGACCGACCCUGUAUUGUAUGUGUGUUGGGAAAAGGUCAGUCGGCGUCAUAUUUUUGCACUCGGUGUUGGGACCCUCAGGUUUAGCAUGAAGGUUGUUCUGUUCUAGGUCUGUACUAGUGAGAGAGGGGCUAUUUAUACUCUCUACCAGUGUCGGUGGCACUGGGCUCUCCACUGAGAACCACCAGAGCUGUCAGUGUGUGACUAUCUACCCUGGGUGGCUCUUACUGUUAUGAGUGACUGGUGCUGGCCCCCUCUGAACCAGUCCUUGCUCUUGACCGUUAUGCCACUUGUCAACCACUAACUACUACUGUACUUAGCCAAGGUGACUGGCAUCAGUUAACCAGGGUUGGGGUAAAAAACAAACAAAAAAACUUUAGGUUUUCUACUGGAAAAACACUGGUUAUCACUGCCCAAACGGUUCGGAUUAGGUGGAAUAUUUAAACCACCAUUUGAUUAAUGGUUGUAGACUAAACCAACAUAAUAGAAAGGUGUAGCUCAAUCAUUUGCAAACAUACAAUUCCUCUUAAGUUAUGGAAAUGGAUGAACUGGUUAUCAUGAUAGAGCAAUCUAAUAUCUAGGGGUCUACUAUCACUGUGGUUUGUGCUGUCUUUUGCCUUGACUGUUUACUCAUUGGCUCCUCGUGCCUCAUCAGGUUUGAGGAAGUCCACUAAGAAGCGCAGCGAGUCUCCUCCAGCAGAGCUCCCCAGCUUUCGGCGGAGCACACGCCAGAAGACCACGGGCUCCUGCGCCAGCACCAGGUACUACAGCCUCCCACUGCUCUCAAUGUCGUCUCAACUUCUCCAGUCUAAAGCCCAAAGUCAAUUGUAGUCGGUUGUAUUUCAGUGUGUACAAAAAGUAUUAAACAAUACAUCCAAUAUUUUAUGGCAGAGGGUGGCUUCCUUGGCAAUGCCUAAUGAAAUUGUCCCUGAGAAGUCGAUCUUUCAGUCCAUACGAAAGUGUGUAGUCAGCCAUAACAUGUUUAAAGGGGAAAAUCCACUCCAGACAUGAAACUCCUGUAAAUGUGGUUAUAGUCUAUGUUCUGAGUGGGUAAAAUAACUUUUUUCACCAUGAUUUAACUUCUAAGUUGACAGUGUGAAAUCAGGAAAUCGUGUUGUAAUGCAUCAUCAUGAAAAGGUUCUCGUCGCUGGAGAUGGGGAAUAACACACUAUCACAUUUCAUAAGACUUUUAAAACAAUUACCUGCACUCCAGAUCGCCAACUCAGCUAAUAGAUGGUAUGGGCAUCAAUCUGUCUAUCGUCAUGACAAACUAUAUAUCGCUUAGAUGUGCUCAAACUAAACUGUGGACCAAAUUAUUCAACUCAGUUUCCCAAUGCCCCGGGGCAGUGAUUGGGGACGUUGCCCUGUGUAGGGUGCCGUCUUUCAGAUGGAACAUUAAACUGGUGUCUUGACUCUCUGUGGUCACUAAAGAUCCCAUGGCACUUAUCGUAAGAGUAAGGGUGUUAACCCCAGUGUCCUGGCUUAAAUUCCAUGGCCACCUAAUCAUCCCCAGCUUCCAAUUGGCUCAUUCAUCCCCCCUCCUCUCCCCUGUAACUAUUCCCCAGGUCUUUGCUGUAAAGUGUUCUCAGUCAACUUACCUGGUCAAAUAAGGGUUAAAAAAUCUUCAACUUAACAGCAUGCAAUGCACAUUUAUCAUAUCCCUCCUUGCCCUGAGCUAUGUCUGUGGGAAAGCAUAGAUUCGGUAAAGAGAUUUAUGGAAUUCGACCAAAACAAUGGAAACACAACACACGCGUCCCCCCCAGCUUAUACAGACGGGAGUUAGAAUUUAGCAGACAUUUUUCCAAACCCGAAAAGGACUAAAUAUUAUCCAGUGAAAACAGCUAAAUAUAUCCAAAUCGGAUUUUAGUAACCACAUUGUGAGCCUUUUAGAACUCCUAAAUCAUGACGAAUAUUCACCUUGUUAGAUCAGAUUUUUUGAAUGGCCGCCAAUGAUGCAUCCUUGCGCUUUCCCCGGCGUUCUACGUUCCAUUGAUCUCUUUACCACAUGGGAAAUGGCUGUUGCCAUAGCAACAUCCUUGAAGCAGACGAUCUGCAGGUUGAACAUGGUAAGAUAGUGCAGUUUGUUGAUUUUACAGCUGGCUAGCUACUUCACAUGCUAAUAUUGACUUUGAUAUUAUUGCGUGUACCGGUAGUUACAUUUGCUACCUAGCCAGCAGAGUGGGAGCGCGUUGCAUUGUGGGUUUUGUAGUCGACUUGAGCUGCAACAGAUUUCCACAAAAAUGUCCACAUGUUGCUAACCACCUUAUUAUAAUGACAACAUGAAAAAUGUAUUCUCAAAUAUUAUUUAACACUGUAAAUCAUAGGAAUGAGUGGUUUUGGGUGGAUUAUUCCUUUAAAGUAACUGUCCAGUGUUUCCAGAUUUCUAUGAAAUAUGACCCAGAAUUACAAUAUGAGUGAAAUAGUUUUCCUUCCAAAAGGUGUUUUUUUUCUUAAAGAGGUUUUUCCCCCUCCAAUUUAUUCUUUGGCCACAUUAUUUGGGUGUGAGUUAACAGAAUAUGUGUAACUUUUAAAAUCGAGAUUUUCACUGGACAGUUUAACCAUUCAGGAAUGUGAACAUGCUUGUUGUCGGUACCUGCACAUGUCUGCUCACAGGUGUGUGUGUAUGUGAACAUGCGUUCACAUUGCGAAAGAGCAAGUGUGAGUUAGUGAUGCCUUAUGACCAGGAAUGUCAGUUGUGUGCCGUCUCGUGUGUUUUUUUGUUUAAAAAAAAAGUAAUUUAGCAGACGCUCUUAUCCAGAGCGACUCACAGUAGCAAUUAGGGUUAAGUGCCUUGCUCAAGGGCACAUCGACAGAUUUUUCAUAUAGUCGGCUUGGGGAUUAGAACCAGCGACCUUUCGGUUACUGGCACAACGCUCUUAACUACUAAGCUACCUGCCGUGUUUGACUGUAGGCUCUGUGUGGUCUAGUUUGUUGCGCCGUCACUCACUGUCCCCCUCUGCCUUUUUCUCCCCCCCUGUCUGUGCAGUCGGCGAGGCUCAGGCCUGGGCAAGCGCGGGGCAGCCGAAGCUCGCCGACAAGAGAAGAUGGCUGACUCGGACAACAACCAGGACGGGGCCAACUCCUCGGCCGCCCGCACUGACGAGGCCCCGCAGGGGGCUUCAGGGACAGGUACCUACUGCGGCCAGGGCACAGAGUUUUUCCUUUUCAGCUCGCAUGGUCAGGAAACACUCAGUGCUACACCUAUAAUGGUACGCUACCUGCUUGUGGUAGCAGAGAUUCUCUCCCCUUGGCCCUUAGUGGAUCAAAACUUUUGGACUAUCCCAAGAAUUUCUGGUAUGUGUUUGGUCUAAACGCAUAGGAGCCAGCCUCUGCUUGGUGUAGCCGCUGCUUGGUUUGUGUGUGUGUGUAUACACUAAAAUAUCAUUGACUGUAUUCCUGGGCCUGCCUGGGGGUUUAUUACCCUUUACCUUAUCUGAGAGAACUCUUUGUUUGACAAAUGUAUUGUCAUUUUGAUGAUGAUGAAAAUGGCUGUUUAACUGUCCCUGUUUCUUCUUCUCUCUCCAGCUUCUAGCUCAGUUGCCGGAGCUGUUGGGAUGACCACAUCCGGUGAGAGCGAGUCCGAUGACUCUGAAAUGGGCAGACUCCAAGGUAUGUCGAUCACAGCUUUCCUUAGAUACAUGUGCCAAUGUUCCUGUCUAAUAAGAGUUCCCUGUCAGCCCUUGUUGGUGUUGCAGGGUCUUUGGUUGUUGUCUAACCUGGCUGUUUUCUCCCCACAGCCCUGCUGGAGGCCAGGGGUCUACCCCCACACCUCUUUGGGCCCUUGGGACCCCGCAUGUCCCAGCUGUUUCACAGAACCAUAGGCAGUGGAGCCAGUGAGUGCUACACCUUCUUGUCUGUGUCCAGAAUCCAUUUAAUUACCGCUUAACAUCUGUGAGCAGGAUGUUUCCAUUCUCUCUCAGGGGAGGGAUGUUGAGUUCACUUAUGUCUGCCUUUAUUCUUCUAACCUGCUAUUCACUCAACUCUAAUCCAAGUGUGUGCUGACUGCACUCCUGGCAGGGCCCAUAUUAAAAAUGUUUCUCAGAGGAGGAGUGCUGAUCUAGGGUCUGAUUCCCCCCCUUGCCAUAUAAUCUUAUUCAGUUUGAUCUUAAAGGCUAAACUGAUCCUAUAUCAGCACUCCUUCUCUUGCGAAUACUAGCCAUGCUGUUUAGUCUCUACUCUGACCUGCUUUAUCUCUCCUCCCAGGCUCCAAGGCUCAGCAGCUGCUGCAGGGCCUGCAGGCCACCGGCGACGAGUCCCAGCAGCUCCAGGCCGCCAUCGAGAUGUGCCAGCUGCUGGUGAUGGGCAACGAGGAGACGCUAGGAGGCUUCCCUGUGAAGAGCGUGGUGCCCGCUCUGGUGAGUCACUCAAUGCUUUGUCCACCUUUUGUCUUUAAUCAUUUUACACUGUGUCUUGAUUUGCCAAGUCUCUUAAUCCCCUCGUCUCUUCCUCACAGAUCACAUUGUUACAGAUGGAGCAUAACUUUGACAUUGUGAGUAUCCUGGGCUUAUAUCUUUGGGGGGGGGGGGGGGACCCAGUGAUAUUUGAUUUUCACCAUGACAUUAGGCCUACAUUGCAGGUGCUAAAAUGUUUCGCAAAGAGUGUGAAACAACACACUGUCUCAUAGUUACAUAUUGUUGCAAAAUAAGCUGUACCUCAGCAAAGUGUUAACUGUAUGGUUCCAGCCAACAUAGUUGCUUUGGGGUUGUGCUUGUGAAAUCUGUAUCUUACCCCGUGCCUCUGCUCAGAUGAACCACGCCUCCCGUGCUCUCACUUACAUGAUGGAGGCGCUGCCUCGGUCCUCUGCUGUGGUUGUGGACGCCAUCCCCGUCUUCCUGGAAAAGGUAGGAUGACCCCCCCCCCCCCCCCCCCCCUUGCUCAGGUUCAGUAGGCACCAAACACAUGCUUUGAAAUGGAAAUGUUCUCAUUAAAGUUUAAGUACUACCUAGUCCGUAUGAAAAAUGUCCCACCAAUUCAUGCCUACUGAAUGCAACCCAGGUGUUCCUAGCCCACACGUUGUUCUUCUCACGUCUUCCAUUUCUGUCAUUCCCUCAUGCACUUGUUCCCUCUUCAUAUGCGGUCAUAAAACGGUGGUGGAUAUGCUAAUAGCGCGCUCUCUCUCCUCUUUGUCUGCAGCUUCAGGUGAUCCAAUUCAUUGACGUGGCGGAGCAGGCCCUGACUGCCUUGGAGAUGUUGUCAAGGCGACACAGCAAAGCCAUCCUGCAGGCUGUAAGUGUUGCUCCCUCUGGCUCAGCUCUGCCUCUCUCUCUCCAUGUCAUCAUCUCUGCUCCCUACCCGGCUCUCAUAGGCUCACCUUAAAAUAAGUGUUGACGGUGGUGGCUGUAUGUUAGAUGUGCACCAGGGUUUCCAUUAGCCGGAAAUAGCCGGCUUUUGAAAAGAAAACACACACAAAAAAAUGUUUAAACUGUUGCAGGCUGAAAUGAGAGUAAAAAAAAUCCUGUUGCAAAAUAAUGCUUUUUAUUCAUCGAUUGAAAUCCCAGUCGAUGGAAAUACAUUUGACCACCAUGCUUAUCGGUCUAUAGGUUAAUCAGCAUAAUUUUUUUACAUUCAAUUGGCCUUUGUAUUUUCGUUAGUCAUGUAUCUUAUUUAUCCAACACAAGUAACACACGCGCACAUCAUACAGAGACUAUAUUGAGCGGGAUUUCUCCUGCAGCUCAUCAGCUGGUUGCUGCUGGAGUGAAAUGGGCUUUUUAUAAGCCUAAUCUUUGUGCAACAAUUUGUAAAUGCAAUCGCGUGUUAACAGUUUUGGUGCACGAUAAAAAUAGAGAUUUUGAUUUCUCAAUGUGUAAUUGAAGCGCGCAGCCCAUUCACCAUUCAAGUGCAGGCAACAGGCUUAAUUGUUUGAAACCUGAAUGUUUUAUUUCAUAUUAUGAGGCAUGUCUUACCUUGCUGCAAAGUAGCCUAUAGGCAAAAUACCACCAUGGAAACUUAGAUGCAAUUUUUUAUAAAGACUUCAUAGGUGGCGCGUGAGUUUGAAGUUUGGGGAAGCUUACGAUUUAUCCUGCCAUUUCUACCGUUCUGCAUGCCAGUUAUGAUUUUCAAAUGCGCAUUUAAAUAAUAACAUUUUCAUUGUCAUAUGAUAAUCAUAAAAAUUAAUGCGAGAUCACCAGCCUCUACCAUAUGGACACAUUGAUACACCGUGAUCCAUUGGCGGCUAAAGAAAUGAGUGCAUGGAACUCAUAGCCUAUAGACCAAUGCAGCAGUAGGCCUGUAACUUUCAUUGCUCUUUCACACUGAGGAUUGGUGAUUAUCGAGGGGGAGAUUGUUGGAAAGGUUUUUCAAAUAGCUUACUGUGAGAAGGAGCACGGUAAAUGACUGUAAUACAUGCAUUAGCAGAUGAAUGUAACCAAAUGACGGGGUUUAACGGUACAUUAACUACUGGUGACGUAUGUAAUGGGGUAUUGAUUUUUUUUUUUUUGCGAAUGGCAAAACAUUCACAAUGAAUACUCAAGAAUUGGUGGGAAACAGCUGAGCCAUUCUGGAGAGAGACUCGCCUAUAACUUCGCCACACACCUCUCCCCUUGUCUAAUUGUUUAAUUUAUAGUCGACACAUUAUCUUCACACAUUUUGGAUGCUUUUCACUGACAGCCACAACUCUAGAAUCAGUUAUAUUUUUUAAGAAGCGCAGCUAUAAAAAAAAAAAAGCUAAUUAUCCUCGAUUCCUCUGGCUAAGUCAUGCUUUCUGGUGAAGUAUUUUGAUUUAUUUUAUUAAUUUCUGUAUAGACAGGAGUAAUUAUGUAAUUUUGGCAAAUGUAUAUCCAUUUACUUCCCUAUUGGACCCAACGCUAUGCCAUUUCUCUCCUGUUCUACUGGUUUUCAUAUCAACUUUCUUUCAUUGUCCAGAAGCCAAAGGCACAACCCUAGUUGUUGCAUCUUUAGAUUCCCCCUCUAAGUUUCUAACAGUUUCAUCUGUCACAUAUGGAACCGCUAUCAGGUGCGCUGUUUAGAAUUGUGGUUUCCCAGGUGUGAUGUUUAGAAUGGUGUUUUCCCAGGUGUGAUGUUUAGAAUGGUGUUUUCCCAGGUGUGAUGUAAUAAUAAUAUGCCAUUUAUCCAAAGCGACUUAGUCAUGUGUGCAUACAUUUUUUACGUAUGGGUGGUCCCGUGGAUCGAACCCACUACUCUGGCGUUACAAGCGCCAUGCUCUACCAAUUGAGCUACAGAGGACCGCAUGUUUAGAAUGGUGUUUUCCCGCUAAUUGCAUUUUGGCAAAUGUUUGAAAACGACGUUCUAUUGGCUGCUUCAUUACAUGAGUUGCAUGUUCUGUUAAAAUGCUUUACCAUGAUCUAAAUGGGAUUUCUGUCAUUCUGAGCACCAUGGGGGGAUGCCCUGAUGGGUUAUGCACACAAUGCAUAUGGGUCUGGUGAAUUUCUCAAAUGGAUGGUAAAUAAAAUCAUCCCGGUCACGUUGUCCAGUGCCACAUCUUCCAAACGGAAACCUUGUUGUGCAGAGAUGCGUAAAUGUAAUAUUUAAAAUAUUGUGUAUAGGGAUGUAGAGAUGAACGGAAGCCAUUUUGAAUUCAACCAUUUGAUGGUCAGAGAUCCCUCAGUGUUAAGAAAUUUUUGCUGUAUUAUAGUUGUGCAGUACAGAAUAAGAAUCACUUAAUAAAUGAAAGGGAGUGGAAUAGCCAUUUUGAAUUUACACAUUUGAUGGUCCCCCCUCCUGUCCCACUGUAUUUUGAAAGGUAAAUCUGUCCCCAUAUGUGCCAUCUAUCCCUAUUCUUGUGUUUUAACUGUGUGGUGUUUCCUGUGUCGUGCAGGGUGGCCUGGCUGACUGUCUGCUGUACUUGGAGUUCUUCAGCAUCAAUGCCCAGAGGAACGCCCUGGCCAUUGCCGCCAACUGCUGCCAGAGCAUCACCCCUGACGAGUUCCACUUUGUCUCUGACUCCCUGCCACUGCUGACCCAGAGACUCUCACACCAGGUACAGACACAUUCACCUUUUACAUGCUCUGCUAUAUUGCAGGUGAGAUUGGUGUUGUCUGUGGCAUGUUACCUGUGAAGACGUGUCAAUUGUCUAAUGUGGUUAUUCUUCCCCCCCACGUACAGGAUAAGAAAUCCGUUGAAAGCACUUGUCUCUGUUUUGCCAGGCUGGUGGACAACUUUCAACACGAGGAGGUGAGUGAGGCGGUUCUACUCGACACGUUUCUAUGGCUCUAACAUCUCUCACCCUCCUGAACAGACCCAUGAUGACAUCAUCACUAUGACUGACACUUGACCUCUGUGUGACCGCUGUCCACAGAACCUGCUGCAGCAGGUGGCCUCGCGGGACCUGCUGACCAACAUCCAACAGCUGCUGGUGGUCACCCCGCCCGUGCUCAGCUCGGGCAUGUUCAUCAUGGUGGUGCGCAUGUUCUCCCUCAUGUGCUCCAACUGCCCCUGUCUGGCCGUGCAGCUCAUGAAGCAGAGUGAGUGGCUCACGCAGACGCACACUCUUACAUACUUUCUAUCGUUGUGUAUUUACACUACUCACUUGAAUAAAGCCUAACAAUGCAGCUUUAUAAUGACAGUCUAAAUGCCUCCAUGGCCAAAGUCCCUGACUGUAUCUAUUUAUUUGUCUUUGUUCAGAUAUUGCGGAGACUCUGCGCUUCCUUCUGUGCGGAGCGGCCAACGGUAGCUGCCAGGAGCAGAUUGACCUGGUGCCCAGGAGCCCCCAGGAGCUCUAUGAGCUCACCUCACUCAUCUGGUAAGGAACCCCCUCUGCUGCUGCUCUCAACUUUACAACAAACUGUUUUACCCAAAUGGUGGACGUGCAUAAAGAUGGCGUCCUCCAUGCACGCACCACAGAUGCCUUGUUUGCGAAGUUCACUGAUUCACUUUGCUUACUGUUUGUUGUCCCCCCACCAGCGAGCUGAUGCCCUGCCUGCCCAGAGAAGGCAUCUUUGCUGUGGACCUCAUGCUGAAGAAGGGCAGUGCCCAGGCCACAGAGGGGGCCAUCUGGCAGUGGAGGGACGACCGGGGCCUGUGGCACCCCUACAACCGCAUCGACAGCCGCAUCAUUGAGGUAAAGGACAGACAUGCCGCUCCGCUCCAUUUUAGGGAAUUUCCUUUCUUCCAGACUUGGGGCCCAGAGUUUCUCCUCUUCAGGUCAGGUGGUCAGGAAAAACUCUGGGCCCUACCUAUACUACAACGUAGACUGUUUGUCUUCAUAUGUUGUGAGCUGUGUGAAUCCCCUGUUCAGCCCAGUGUUACACUAACGUCUGGGGGUGUCUGGUUCUCUCUUCCUCUCCAGACGGCCCACCAGAACGGAGAGGAUGAGAUCAGCCUGUCCACCCUGGGCCGUGUCUACACCAUCGACUUCAACUCUAUGCAGCAGAUCAACGAGGACACUGGCACAGCACGGGGUAUCCAGAGGAAACCCAACCCCUUAGCCAACCCCACUACUGGUGAGAGACACACACCACCAUUACCUCUAGUCAUAGAUUAUCCCCAACCUGGUGUCAGUUGUAUGCGUCUCAUGUCAGUUGCUGUAGUAUGAUGCCAUGAUUUGGUUCUGAGACUAGCUCUAUUCACCUGAAAAGAUACAUUUUAUAGAUUGCUAUAGACCCAGUGGAGAAAGGGGUCACUGCCCCAAGUUAUUGUUUCUUUUAUUUUUAUUGAACCUUUUGAACCAGGUAGUCCAAUUGAGGGCAGAUUACCUCUUUCCCAAUGGAGACAUGCUCAAUAGAGGCAUCUCUUUGUAAACUCUUGUGAAAUUGAACAGGCUGCUUCUUUCUGUCUUCUGCACUAGCUGAGGGAAUCCAAUUUCUCGUUUUGAGUCAAAAGAGCUAUCAAAUCUGACAUGAGUUUUCCCCUGUCUGUCCCCCAGGGGGUCACCAGGAGGUGAGGCGGGAGGACGCACGGGCCCAGCUGAUGAAGGAGGACCCUGAGCUGGCCAAGUGCUUCAUCAAGACCCUGUUCGGGGUGCUGUACGAAGUGUACAGCUCGUCGGCGGGCCCAGCCGUCAGACAUAAGUGCCUCCGAGCCAUCCUCAGGAUCAUCUUCUUCGCCGAUGCCGAGCUCCUCAAGGACGUGCUGAGGAACCACGCUGUGUCCAGGUGAACUUUUGAGUCAAGAUGGCUGCCUCCAUGGACCAAAUAAAAAUAGCCAGUAUGGCAUGUGUCUUUACACUACACCUGAACCUGUGUUUGUCUGUUUCCUUCUCCCAGUCACAUUGCCUCCAUGCUGUCCAGCCAGGACCUGAAGAUUGUAGUGGGCUCUCUGCAGAUGGCUGAGAUCCUCAUGCAGAAGCUGCCCGACGUAUUCAGUGUCUUCUUCAGAAGAGAAGGUAAUAGAUCCUGCCUGAGCCUGCGUCUCGUCCCUAGAGGAGCUGACCUGUAAUGAUCCAAAACACCCAGCUGAAACACCGCUCUUUUCUAGCACCAGGAGCUGCUGUUCAGAGGACCUGUUAUGAUGGAUCCUCCACUGCUGUUUGAGCUUCAAUGUUUUUUAGCAAAGUCAUAAAAUGGAGAUGUCACACCACAAUGUGCUUAUGUUGUGGACCACAACAGAUUUUCCCUGAUUUAUUUAAUCACAAUUUCUGACCGUCUUCAAUAUCAGAGAAUUGGGAAAAUAGGAAUUUCACUGUAUUCCAUCUCCCCUCUGCCCUCCUCCCCUCUCCAGGUGUGAUGCACCAGGUGAAGAACCUGGCUGAGUCGGAGGCCUUCCUCACCAGUCCCCCAAAGGCGUGCACCAGCGGCACGGCUAGCCUGUGUACCACCACCAUCAGCACUGCGACCACUACUUUGGCCACCAACGCCACCCCAGACCUGGGCUCACCUAGCUUCCAGCACAGCAUGGACGACUCACUGGACCUCAGCCCACAGGGGUGAGAGAACACGAAUACUAAAUACACGUGAAUGUGCACGUAUUGAGAGGUCAGAUACCACACACAAGUACACUCACACACUCCUCCAUAGAACAACAUUCAUCUCUCCCUCUCUCCUAGGCGAUUAAGUGAUGUGCUGAAGAGAAAACGUCUGCCUAAGAGAGGGCCCAGAAGGCCCAAAUACUCUCCUCCCAGGGAUGACGACAAAGUAGACAAUCAGGGUAAUUGUUAUUGGAACUCUCAUACAAUCUCUGAGACUGGAUGCAAAUGGUUAUCACAGGUGAUACAAAUAGUGCUAAAUGUCAAUGAUACAUUUGUAGUUGGAAAGGUAAAAUUCCUUGGUGUGUGUGUAUAUACAGUACCAGUCAAAAGUUUGGACACCUACUCAUUCAAGGGUUUUUCUUUUCCUUUUAUUUACAUUAUAGAAUAAUAGUGAAGACAUCAAAACGAUGAAAUAACACAUAUGGAAUAUAUUUUAGAAUCUUCAAAGUAGCCACCCUUUGCCUUGAUGACAGCUUUGCACACUCUUGGCAUUCUCUCAACCAGCUUCAUGAGGAAUGCUUUUCCAACAGUCUUGAUGGAGUUCCCACAAAUGCUUAGCACUUGUUGGCUGCUUUUCCUUCACUCUGCGGUCCAACUCAUGCCAAACCAUCUCAAUUGGAUUGGGUGAUUGUGGAGGCCAGGUCAUCUGAUGCAGCACUCUCCUUGGUCAAAUAGCCCUUACACAGCCUGGAGGUGUGUUUUGGGUCAUUAUCCUGUUGAAAAACAGAUGAUAAUCCCACUAAGCGCAAACCAGAUGGGACACACCAUCACACCUCCUCCAUGCGUCACGGUGGGAACCACACAUGCAGAGAUCAUCCGUUCACCUAAUCUGCGUCUCGUAAAGACACGUUGUUUGGAACCAAAAAUCUCAAAUUUGGGCUCCAGACCAAAGGACAGAUUUCCACCAGUCUAAUGUCCAUUGCUUAUGUUUCUUGGCCCAAGCAAGUCUCUUAUUAUUGGUGUCCUUUAGUAUAGUGGAUUCUUGAAGGCCUGAUUCACGCAUUCUCCUCUGAACAGUUGAUGUUGAGAUGUGUCUUACUUGAACACUGUGAAGCAUUUAUUUGGCUGCAAUUUCUGAGGCUGGUAACUCUAUUGAACUUAUCCUCUGCAGCAGAGGUAACUCUGGGUCUUCCUUUUCUGUGGUGGUCCUCAUGAGAGCCAGUUUCAUCAUAGCGCUUGAUGGUUUUUGUGACUGCACUUGAAGAAACUUUCAAAGUUCUUGAAAUGUUCCGGAUUGACAGACCUUCAUGUCUUAACGUAAUGAUGGACUGUCAUUUCUCUUUGCUUAUUUGAGCUGUUCUUGCCAUGAAAUGGACUUGGUCUUUUACCAAAUAAGGCUUCUGUAUACCACCCCUACCUUGUCACAACAACUGAUUGGCUCAAACGCUUUAAGAAGGAAAGAAAUUCCACAAAUUAACUUUUAACAAGGCACACCUGUUAAUUGAAAUGCAUUCCAGGUGACUACCUCAUGAAGCUGGUUGAGAGAGUGCAAAGCUGCCAUCAAGGCAAAGGGUGGCUACUUUGAAGAAUCUCAAAUAUUAAAUAUAUUUUGAUUUGUUUAACACUUUUGGUUACUACAUGAUUCCAUAUGUAGAAAAUAGUCCAAAUAAAGAAACCCUUGAAUGAGUAGGUGUGUCCAAACAUUUGACUGGUACUGUAUGUAUUAUUUUUUUAAAAGUUUUUACCAUAAAGUCGAUGCUUCAAAAUUGGUUCUCAUUUACGUUAAUUCAAAUCAACAAUAUUCAGCACUGUAUGGUAUCUGCAGCCUGCCGCUACUCUGGCUGGACUGUUCAGUACUCAGUGCAAGAGCAACUCGCCAUAUGGCAUCGUUGGUCUCCAUGCCUCUUUGUGGCUGCAGUCCUGGUAUAUCUGUUGAGACAUUUAUGCAGAAUGCUAACUGAUACUUGUGAAUUCUUGACAUAAAUACAGCAUGACUUCAUUCUUUAAAAACCACCAGAGAAUCUGUUGUCUGUUUCAAACAACUAUAAGUGUUUCCCAAACUUGGUCCUAAGGACCCCAAGGGGUGCACGUUUUGGUUUUUACCCUAGCACUACACAGCUGAUUGAAAUCUACUAAUCAUCAAGCUUUGAUUAUUUGAAUCCACUGUCUAGUGUUAGGGCAAAAAACCAAAACGUGCACCCCUUUGGGGUCCCCAGGACCGAGUUUGGGACACGCUCAACUAUAGGGUAUCAUUUGAAACACAAGCUUUGUCAUGUUUCAUUCUGUGACUAACCAUUCUACCGUUCCUACAGCCAAGAGUCCUACCACUACUCAGUCCCCCAAAUCCUCCUUCUUGGCCAGUCUGAACCCCAAGACCUGGGGCAAGCUGGGCGCCCAGACCAACAGCACCAACUCUGAGCCCUCUCGCACGGCCGGGGUGAGUGGCCUGGCACGCGCGCUUCCCAAGGACUCUGUCUCCAACAACAGGUACGACGGAAAUGAUUACGGUGGUGGAGGUGGUAAUGAUGAUAGUGUUGUUGGUGAUUAUCAUUGGCUCUCUCAGAAAAUGUUGCUAGGGCUGCGUUCGGUACGUAAAAUGGGGUGCAACGGUGCUGUUCUGAAAGAUCAGUUAAAAUGUCGAGUUGUUUGGUUGUGCAAAUAUGAUCAUUCAAAAAUGCACCGCUGCCCUUUAAAUAUGUUACUCAUUGCUUCAAGGCACACCCCACCAUACGCCGUAAACACACCUCGGUCUGUUCAAGAACGUUGAACGUUUUGUGGAAAGGUGUUGUUCAGUACGGACUGUCACGCAACGUAGCAAGAGUUUAAUGAAACUCAUUUUGCCCCUCAUUUGGCAGUCCUGAGGGCCGCACUUAAAAUUGAAUGGGCUCGAGGGCCUGAUCCGGCUCUUGGGCUGUAUGUUUGACACCCCUGGUUUAAUCAAACCAAAUGCACCCAAGCUGUCAAAUCUUCAAUUCCUUCUGGAUCCAAGAUCUCUCCCCUCGGACAACCUCCUCCAAUGGGCUUUGCGAGGUUAGUCAAGGAAUUAAGGACUGGAGGAAAGAAGACAGCCAUGGUGUUGGUAGUAAUGGUGGUGAUGAUAAUGACGAUGGUUUCAUUCCCCCCCCAGGGACAAGAUCAAGGCUUGGAUCAAAGAGCAGGCCUGUAAGUUUGUGGUGCGCUACUUCAACACUGAAAACAUUGAUGGCAGCAACCCCGCACUAAAUGUACUACAGAGACUCUGCACCGCCACGGAACAGCUCAGCCUGCAGGUACUGUACUGUACUCCACAACAGUCUCUCACGUUGUAGUGUUGCACACUAUGAAAGUAAAUAGUAAUUAGUUUACAUAUUGGAGACUGCUUUGGAGACCCUGUUCGCUAAUACUAAUUUGAGAAAGCAGCUGUUUGUUUUUCUUUGCUGUGUUGAUGGUACCGGGUACUAUCUACAUUGCUAGCUAAAGACGAGGUCAUUAAGGUAUGAUGGCGAGUGACUUGGGUUAUGAUAACGUUCUUGACCGCUGUCACACCCCCAAUUCCCCUCCAGAUGGACGGUGGCGUGGAGUGCCUUGUGGAGAUCUGCAGCAUCGUGUCAGAGUCGGACGUGUCAUCGUUCGAGAUCCAGCACAGCGGCCUGGUCAAGCAGCUGCUGCUCUACCUGACCUCCAGCAGUGACCGUGACCUGGUCAGCCGUGACGUCCGCCUCAAGAGAUUCCUGCACGUCUUCUACGGUUGCCCGGUAAGGCUGUUCGGCUGGUCUGAAGCACAGAACUAGAAUGAGAUUCUGUUUCUAUCAGAAGCUUGUCUUUCGCCCGAUGAAGACUUUAUCCUUUCUCAGUAUCCAGUGACUGACAAUGUAGCCAACUAAUAGACCGUGGCAGAGACUGGAGCUGAGGGCAUCUUAACAAUAAAAAAACAUUUAUGUCUAGGAAGGAUGUCAGACAAACAAAUAGGCCAUGUUGCGCUAGUAGGGCCUGAAGUUUUUCCCUGACCACUUCAGAUUGACCUGACCAGGAAAAACUCAAGGCCCUAGUUAUUGGCUAUACAACUCAUGGCUCUAAAUACAGUAUAAAGCCAGUAUGAGGGUUUGCGCUCAGGCUAGAAUGAAUGCCGGCUGGACUGUGUAAAUAGAUAUUUUUUCUCCUAGAGUUCAUAAGGUACUCACUCAACCGAGCCCCGCCUUUUGUGGCCUACUAAAGUAUUGCUUAUAAUAUUGUUAUGUAGCCUAGACCAGUGCUUCCCAAUUCCGGUCCUCGAGUACCCACAACGGCGCACAUUUUUCUUGUAGACCCAAGCAAAAACACCUGAUUUGAACUCAUUGAGGGCUUGAUGAGUAGUUGACUAGUUGAAUCAGGUGUGUUUGUCCGGUGCUACAACACAUCUGGAGUUGGGAAACACUGGCCUAGACUGUUGUCUUUUGUCAAUUAUAUGUGACAUUUGAAUUACCGUUUUUUUUUAUAUAUAUUUUUUUUUAUUCUACAUAUUCCCUGUUUAUAUAUUGUUGACUUCCUAUUCGCCAGUAUCUAAUGAACUAUAGCUGGUUAUACUCUGUAGAAAACUGACAAAGGGAGGAACUACCUAAACUUAACCAAUAAUAAAUGCUUAUUUUCAUUUUCUUUUGCAAAACAUUUUUGUACGGUAUGCCCUGAUGAAUACGACUCUAGUCUUUGCAGGUUGUUUGAAGCGUGUCCCUCCUGUGUUUUGCCCUUCCAGAUCCCGGGGAUGGAGCCGGCAGGCCGCCUGGAGCCGUCUGAGAACGGGCCCUUGCUGUCACUGGUGCACAAGAUGAACAACUGCCUAAGUCAGAUGGAGCAGUUCCCUGUCAAGGUGCAUGACUUCCCCAGUGGCAACGGCAACGGGAGCAGGUUAGUUCAUUUACCUAGUCCCAUCUCUUCCUUCAAUCUCUUUGUUCCUUUUGUUCCACAAACCCUCUCUUUUUUUAAUGUCAGUUAUUCACUAAUGUGUGGUUACUUUAAUGUGUGAUACCCAUAUAGACUUCAAUAGGGCCAAUGGGCAUAGGUCAAGGAAGGGGACUUGCCAGUAUUUACCUCUGUAUCAUUGUGAUCUUGUCUGUUGACGUGUGUCUCCCCUUCAGAGGGUCUCAGGCCCUGAAGUUCUUCAACACACACCAACUCAAGUGUCAGCUGCAGAGGCACCCGGACUGCACCAAUGUGAAGCAGUGGAAGGGGGGCCCGGUGAAGAUCGACCCCCUUGCCUUGGUACAGGCCAUUGAACGCUACCUGGUGGUCCGAGGUGAGCACUGGGAAAACUGUCUCUUUGCAUUGAGUUACUGACUUGACUUAAGCCCUUUCACUCUGUGAGGAGCAUAGGUCACCCACAAAUGAUCUUCAUUCAACUGGGCUGCUUUCUCAAGUUCCUUCCCAGAGUUUUUCUGUUCUAGAAUGUCUCCUUGUUUUACUGACAUUUAUGGGUAACAUGCCGAUGUGCUCAAUGGGACUUUUGUUUGUCUCUACAGGUUACGGACGAAUCAGGGAGGAGGACGAGGACAGUGACGAUGAUGGUUCAGACGAUGAAAUUGACGAAUCGCUGGUACGUAGCUACAAUGUCCUUGCAAAAUAACCUCCAUAUCGGAUAAUACCUCUUCCCCCACCAAUAACUCAUUCUGUUACUGCCAACCCUAACUUGACCACCAUAACUUGACCGUCUAUCCCUGUCCAGGCGGCCCAAUUCCUGAACUCUGGCAGCGUGCGCCACCGGCUGCAGUUCUACAUCGGCGACCACCUGCUGCCCUACAACAUGACGGUGUACCAGGCGGUGCGGCAGUUCAGCUUGCAGGCAGAGGAGGAGAGGGAGUCCACGGACGACGAGGCCAACCCGCUCGGACGGGCCGGCAUCUGGACCAAAACCCACACCAUAUGGUAGCCUUUCUAUAACAAACACAACAAGUGCCUAAAAUGUUAUUUUUGGUCCACCAGCCACUGUGGCAUGUAGAUAAGAGAAUCUACCGGCCCCUCAGAUUUAAUUUUAUCAGCCAAAAUGUUGUUUUUGCAUAAAACAGAUGACCAUGCUUUGUAACGUUUCUAAAACACGAAUGUAUUAGUAAGAAGUAGUGGUAUAUUGAUCAAUUUCAUGUUUUGUGUCCUCUGUCUUUUAAUUAAAAUAUCAAAGACAAUGUUCAGCUGCCCCUUUAAGGGCGCGAGGUUACCGUGGUGUGAGAUUUGGCGUCUAAGGCGUCUCUUCGCUAUCAGUUGAAGCAGCAGACUCAAACUAUUGUUGAAAAACAACCGAACUUGUGAACAAGGCAAUGUAAAUAGCCAAGAAACACAAGGACAAAGUCUCACUUUGUAAACUUUGGAGUAAAUUAGACCUACUUCUAUGACUGUGCCUCCAAAAAUAUAUCUAUCAGCACUUCACUCAGUGAGCUUAGCUCCCCUGCCAGGCAGUGUUGCUGUGUGUGGUGUGAUAUAGGAUUCGUAUUUAUUUGUGCAAUGAGCAGCUAUGAAACAAAACAGCAGAAAUGCUUUGAAAAACAGCUACUGCAGUAUUUUUCUAACUCUUUAAGUAUAAGCACAUGCAAUUGUCUAUUUUUAUUCGCGAAUAUAAUGCUCACACUGUAGAGCCCUGCAAAUUGACCACCUGCCAAAGUGGCUGGUGAAAUAGACAUUCUUACCUGCCAAUAGCUAAAUCUACCUGCAUUUGGCCCUGAACACAAUUGACUGAUGUUUAUAGUGGGUGGCUGUUAGGGUUGUGCAUUGUAGCCACCUUCCCUGAGAAGUCUCACACAUGUCUAAUAGAUGGCUGAGUUGGUGAACAAAUGCAACUGACAUGGCAAUGUAGUCACGUUCCCCGAGAUGCUUUCCACAGACACUCUCUCUCUAUCCCAUCAGGUAUAAGCCAGUGAGGGAGGAUGAGGAUGGCAGUAAGGAUGCGGUGGGAGGGAAGAGGGGCCGGGCACAGACUGCCCCCACCAAGACCUCGCCCCGCAACGCCAAGAAACAGGACGAGCUGUGGCACGGUAGGAACAACUACCACCACCUCUGGGCCUAGACAGGUGGGGUGGGUGUCUGUGUUGUCUACUGGCCUGGAGACUGAGAGACUAGUUCUGCUGGUUUCUUUUGUAGUGCAACUCUAAAGUACUCAUUACAGUGGGGAUGAAGUGAUCUGACCUGCUUCUCCUGCUUGAAAAAAGUUAACGGCCCCUUUUAAACCACUGGAGAAAACCCCUCACAAUGAUCUCAAACUGUGUUCUUAAUCAAGUCUAUUGUUAUUAUAGUCGAAGUAACAAAAAUAAAAGAAUCCCAAUCAAAAUCCAUCAGUUUAAUCUAGAGAUGUUUUUUUUAUGAACUCAAUCCACCGCAACUGCCAAUGUCGGCCUUCCGCAUCUGCGGUGGAAGGUGGCCGAGCUACAGUGGUGCUUGUCAGCCAAUGAGACAUGGCGAAAAUCUGUCUUCUCACAAAAACGUCUGUAGCGGAAAGAUGAGACUCACGAUGGUGUUCUCCAUUUGCUCUACAACCCCUCACAAGUGUCACAGGACUCGUCUGAAGGUAACCCAUACAAAUUAAUGGAAGUAUGGAGGUAGUUUUGUGUCAACAAAAAUAAGGGGUUAGAUGUGUCCAAAAAAUAAUUAUUUCCUGAGCUUUCUUAUCUCCUAGAUACAGGUGACAUGCUUCAAAACCUUAUGAUUUAUUUAGACUUUUGCCAUUUAUAAAUGUCAUUCAAUGCGUUUCUAUGGGCUAUAGUAGUAAAGGCAAUAUUCAAAUUUGUAUUGAUACCUAAAGGGGUCAUAAAAUUCUAAAUCAAAUAGCUAAAUGAUCCAUGGUAUGACCAUCUUAUAACAAUUUCAUAUGUUAGCGUAGUAGAACAUUUGGAGAAAACCAGUUAUAUUAAUCCUAUAUGUAACAUUGUCUUUAAACACCUGGUAAAGUGUCUGUAUGCGAUCAAUACAUAAAAGGAAACCACUAUCUUCAAGAAGAGCUCCCAAAAAACACUUAACACUUUUGGCCUCAUAUGGUAGCCGAUCAGUGUAAUUACACUAUCGAAGAUUGGUGCAAAAAAAAUAAUUCCUCCUCCGAAUGGUCUCGUACGUUGCUAGCUAGCAGACAAUGUAACCACAGUAUAAUUUCGCAUUUGAAAAACACUUCAACGGGCUCUAUAUAUCAUGUAUCAUAGUUUAUCCAUUUAAAUAAUUGUUUUUAUGAACUCUGUUUUUCCAUAGCCCUCCAUGGCUUCCAGGGGUUUGAAACGUGAGCUUGUCCGAGGUGUCGGUUGCUAUCCAUCUGGGGCUUAGCGAAUGGUCAAUUUACUUUUUUUUGACCAUCUGAAUGAAUUAAUGACCUGAGAUGACCUGUUCACACAAACCCACAGAUAUUGUCUGUCUAAUCAAUUAAUCAAAUGUAUUUCUAAAACCGUUUUUUUAUGUUAGCAGUUGUCCCAAAGUGCUUUUGCACCAACCCCAUGGCCAAAGGGCUUUGAUAGUCUCAAAUGACACCCUAUUCUCUACACCGUAUUACUUUGAAAGUAGUGCACUACAUACUACAAGUCCUUAACUCAUACUAUACAUUUUACCAUGUCAGUUUAGCUACCACAUCUGGGUCGUAUUCAUUGGGCACAAAACGGAAGAAAAGGACUGAAACAACAAGGGACUACCUGCCCUUGUCCAAUAAGAAAUGUUUUGCUACCGUGUGCACUAAUUAAUAUGACCCUGACUUGCUGUCUCUCCCCACCCAGACGGCGUGUGUCCCAGUGUGGCCAGCCCGUUGGAGAUGUACCUCAUGUCGGAGCCCCCGGAGAGCAUUACCUUUGACGACCCGUCUCUGGACGUCAACCUGCUGCUUAGGGUGCUGCACUCCAUUAGUAGUUACUGGUUCUACCUGUACGACGUGAGUAGCCUGUCCUUUCCACCCUGCAGAUACUGGCGCUAACUCAACUACAUACUGGUUGAGUCCCACAUAGCACCCUAUAACCUUUUUAUAGUACACUACUUUUGACCAGGGCAAACAAGUGUUCCACCAUGUAGGGAAUGAGUUGCCAUUUGUGACAAGCCUGUAUGACUGCCUCCAAAAGAUUCCACUGUCCGUGUCAUGUUCUACUUAAUGCUUAAGAUAUCUUUGUGGGCUUGUAGGAGGUAAACCGCAGUGUACCAUAUAACUGUCUGCUAGCUAGACAGCCCUCUUAGUGCACACAGUUGCCAAAAAUAACUGUCCUUUUUGCAUUCAAACGGAGCCCCCUGUUUCUUUGCAUCAGAGAGGCAGAGGCACUGCGUUGUUGUAGUUCCAGUAGACUGAGGUUGUUGUUUUUUUCAGAAUGCUGUGUCUAAGGAGAUCAUCCCCACCAGUGAGUUCAUCAACAGUAAACUGACAGCCAAGGCCAACCGACAGCUGCAGGACCCUCUGGUCAUCAUGACCGGCAACAUCCCCACCUGGCUCACAGAGCUCGGCAAGACCUGGUAACUCAUCAGACUGCUUUUCAGCUCAUAAACACCCACUGGUUCAGAACACACACAAAAACCUUGUUUUACUGAAUAUUUUUGCCCUGUAUUCACUAAUGCAAUGUCCUCAAAUUGCGUGUCUAGACCAGGGUUGAGGACAAUUCCGUAUCAUUUCAGGAAGUAAACUGAAACUUCAAUAGCAAUUUUCUCUUACAGGCACAAGAUUAACCCACAUAAGCAACUGAAUAUAUACACUCAUUGGCCAGUUUAUUAGGAACACCACCUCAUCCAAGAAAAUGGAUCGUGCCUACAGACAGUGAGUCAUGUGGCCAUGGCUAGCUAUAUAAAGCAGGCAUCGAGGCAUUCGGUUACUGUUCGAUUGAACAUUAGAAUGGGCAAAACGAGUGACCUAAGCGACUGAGCGUGGUAUGAUCCUCUGUUCCAGGCGCACCGGAUCCAGUACCUCAGAAACUGCUUUUCACACACGACAGUGUCUAGGGUUUUGGAGGCAAAGGGGGGGUCAACCCGGUACUACACUGAACAAAAAAUAUAAACGCAACAUGCAAAAAUCUCUACGAUUUUACAGUUCCAGUUCAUAUAAGGAAAUCAGUCAAUUUAAAUAAAUAAAUUAGGCCCUAAUCUAUUAAUUUCAAAUGAUUGGGAAUACAGAUAUGCAUCUGUAGGUCACAGAUACCUUAAAAAAAAAAAAAGUAGGGGCGUGGAUCAGAAAAACAGUCCGUAUCUAGUGUGACCACCAUUUGCCUCAUGCAGCGUGACAUCUCCUUCGCAUAGAGUUGAUCAGGCUGUUGAUUGUGGCCUGUGGAAUGUUGUCCCACUCCUCUUCAAUGGCUGUGUGAAGUAGCUGGAUAUUGGCGUAACUGGAACAUGCUGUUGUACACUCUGAUCCAGAGCAUCCCAAACAUGCUCAAUGGGUGACAUAUCUGGUGAUUAUGCAGGCCAUUGAAGAACUGGGUCAUUUUCAGCUUCCAGGAAGUGUGUACAGAUCCUUGCAACAUGGGGCCAUGCAUUAUCAUGCUGAAACAUGAGGUGAUGACGGCGGAUGAAUGGCACAACAAUGGGCCUCGGGAUCUCGUCACAGUGUCUCUGUGCAUUCAAAUUGCCAUCGAUAAAAUGCAGUUGCGUUCGUCGUCCGUAGCUUAUGCCUGCCCAUACCAAAACCCCACCGCCACCAUGGGGCACUCUGUUCAUAACGUUGACAUCAGCAAACUGCUCGCCCACAUGACACCAUACACGCUGUCUGCCAUCUGCCCGGCCUGGAUUAAUCCAUGAAGAGCACACUUCUCCAGCGUGACAGGGGCCAUCGAAGGUGAGCAUAUGCCCACUGAAGUCUGUUACGAUGCCGAACUGCAGCCAGGUCAAGACCCUGGUGAGCGCGCAGAUGAGCUUUUCUGAGACGGUUUCUGACAGUUUGUGCAGAAAUUCUUCGGUUGUGUAAACCCACAGUUUCAUCAGCUGUCCGAGUGGCUGGUCUCAGACGAUCCCGCAGGUAAAGAAUCAGAAUGUGCAGGUCCUGGGCUGGCGUGGUUACACAUGAUCUGCGGUUGUGAGGCUGGUUGGACCUACUGCCAAAUUCUCUAAAACGACAUUGGAGGCGGCUUAUGGUAAAGAAAUUAACAUUAAGUUCUCUGUCAAGAGCUCUGGUGGACAUUCCUUGCAUCAUUAUGCCAAUUGUACGCUCCUUCAAAACUUGACAUCUGUGGCAUUGUUGUGUGACAAAACUGCACAUUUCAGUGGCCUUUUAUUGUCCCCAACACAAGAUGCACAUGUGUAAUGAUCAUGCUGUCUAAUCAACUUCUUGAUAUGCCACACCUGUCAGAAGGAUGGAUUAUGUCGCUAACAGGGAUGUAAACAAAUGUGUUAACAUUUUUGGGAUCUUUUUAUUUCAGCUCAUGAAACAUGGGACACUUCACUUGUUGUGUUUAUUUUUGUUCAUUAUAGGUGGGUGUAACUAAUAAACUGUCCAAGUGAGUGUAUAUAUGCCAUGCAUUUUGACCAACUAUCAUUGUCACUCCUCUCCCUUCUCCCCAGUCCCUUCUUCUUCCCGUUCGACACACGGCAGAUGCUCUUCUAUGUGACUGCUUUUGACCGCGACCGGGCCAUGCAGCGCCUCCUCGACACUAACCCCGAGAUCAACCAAUCAGAUUCUCAGGACAGCCGCGUGGCGCCCCGCCUCGACAGGAAAAAGGUGUUGAAUAUGUUAGAAUGAUGUUGGUGUAAUGUCACAUAAUCAGCUCAAUGUAUGCAUUUCAAAUACCUUUCUGGAAUGGGUUCAAGUGUAGCCAAGAAGAGUGGACAUCCCCCAAUUGCAAUUAUCCAGCCAGCUCAUCUUCUUUUUGUACCCACUCCUGUUUGUCUUUUCACUAACUCCUCCUUUCUGCUAUUCCCACUGUCUCCAGCGAACGAUAAACCGUGAGGAGCUGCUGAAGCAGGCGGAGUCAGUGAUGCAGGACCUAGGCAGCUCCAGAGCCAUGCUGGAGAUCCAGUAUGAGAACGAGGUACAGUACACGUAUUCACACCCUCAUUACAGAGCUCUGUUCAAUCGCCUCCAUUUUGAGUUCGUCCCUCUCAUAAAGUACCACAGAACCUGGAGUCGUCUGGGGGGGGUAGAUUUUGAACAUGACCCUAGACUUAUCUGGAUAGAAGCUCAUCUCUCUCCUCCCUCUAUUUCUUUCUCUCUCUUCCUUUUCUCUCUCCUCUUACUCUCUCGCUCUCUCUCUUCCUCCCCUUGUCUCUGUCCUUCUGUCAGGUGGGCACAGGGCUGGGUCCCACCCUGGAGUUCUACGCCCUGGUCUCCCAGGAGCUGCAGAGGGCCGACCUCGGGCUGUGGAGGGGUGAGGAGGUCACCCUGUCCAACCCAAAAGGUAACGUUCUACUCCAACCCUCUGGGGAAUAGAUUUGUCUCUAAAAUAGGAGCUCCUAAAAACAUUUUAAAGUCAAUUCUGCAACAAAAAAACGAAUGUAAUUUGGACAGAAAUAGGAUUUAGUUUAGAUUUAAAGGCUGUCCUACAGUUUUCCAAGAUGCGCCUCGUGGCAACUGUUUAGUCACAUCAUGCUGAGAUACGGGCUCCUGAAGAGGACAUAUCAUUGCUGAGUAGCUUCUCUUUGAUACCGACAUUGGAACUACUCUUCCUCUCCCUAAAUCUCUCUUCUCCACCAUCUUGUUUUCCCUCUCCCAGGAAGCCAAGAAGGGACCAAGUACAUGUUCAGCUCCCGAGGGCUGUUUGCCGUUCCCUUCGGCAGGACAACCAAACCGGCGCACAUCGCCAAAAUCAAGAUGAAGUUCCGCUUCCUAGGCAAGCUGAUGGCCAAGGCCAUAAUGGACUUCAGACUGGUAAACCGUAACACUUUGUUAUACCUCUGACCAGUGGACCAGUCUCUGUAGUCUCCACUGCAAAUGCUACUAUUUAGUCCUUUUGGAGUGGUUUCUACACUUGCAUUACUUGCCUUAAGCCCCGUUUGCCAGAAUAAAGUUGGGUGAUUUAUAUAUAUUUUUUCUGCACCCUCUUGCUUUAACUCCCCUGUUCUACAGCCCUCCUACAUGCUCUCACUGUUCAAGUAGAAUUUUACACUCAAUAGGGAGCCCUCUGCUGCUCUAACACCUCUGUCUCCUCUCCACUCCCUCCCAGCUGGACCUGCCCCUUGGGCUGCCCUUCUACAAGUGGAUGCUGCGGCAUGAGACUUCCAUCAGCUCCCACGACCUGGUCAACAUCGACCCAGGCGUGGCCAAGUCCAUCCAGCACCUGGAGGACAUCAUCCGCCAGAAGAAGAGGCUGGAGCAGGACCGCUCCCAGGUCAGUCCCCAAUACACAACCUCCCCAGACGCAUCUAACCUCGUAGUCAUUACAAUUUGUCUUUUGUGAUGAAAACUUGGACGCUCUUAUGGAGAUCUUUCUCAGAGAUGGCGUUCAUAGUGGUAGCUAUAGUAAGGCUUGAUUUACACUCCACUAGACAUCCGCUUUGUGAUUCUCCCCACGCACUGUGCAAAGGGCUCCACAGUCCGCACGUAAAUUUCAUGCGAGUCAGAAUUUGCAGCUUUACUCAAGUGUCAGUGAUGUUUUUCUAAGGAGAGUGUUUGGUGGACCGUAAACCCGGCCUAACUUCUGAGUUCGAUCAUUAUGGCCCCUCCCUAUCAGAUUGAUGCUCCUCCAUGUUACGUUCCCCAUAUUAAUAACAUGCCUGUUUCCUCCUUGUGUGCGUCUCCUAGACGAGGGAGACCCUGCAGCAGGCUCUGGAGAGUCUCAACAUGAACGGCUGCUCUGUGGAGGACCUGGGCCUGGACUUCACCCUGCCCGGUUUCCCUAACAUCGAGCUGAAGAAGGGUGGCAAGGACAUCCCCGUCACCAUCUACAACCUGGAGGAGUACCUCAGGGUGGGUAGCUCGCACACACACAUGCACGUAGACUUUACAGGCACACACAGAGCUCCUACAUAUAGACUCUCCACACACCUCUGUCCACCUCUUAGGGAGCUGACCGUUGGUCCCCUUUUCUCCACAGCUGGUGGUCUACUGGACGAUGAACGAAGGUGUGUCCCGGCAGUUUGAAUCUUUCAGGGAAGGGUUUGAGUCGGUCUUCCCCCUGCAUCACUUGCAGUAUUUCUACCCUGAAGAGGUGAGUACUGCUAUCACUAAUCCCAAAAAGCAAUUAUUAAUUUAGCUGUUUGGUUGUCUUCAGGAUGUCACAUUGCUAACCCCCUCUGUGCUCUCCCGUCCGCCUUUAGUUGGAUCAGCUGCUUUGUGGCAGCAAGUCCGAUACCUGGGACGUCAAGACCCUGAUGGAGUGCUGUCGGCCCGACCACGGCUACACCCAUGACAGGUGAGCUACUCCACCCCCCAGAGCUCUGACCAGACCUACAAUGAGUGUCAUGUUAAGGACUUGUCAGAGUGCAGUGGUUUGACGUGUUGUCUGUCUCUCCACAGUCGUGCUGUGAGGUUCCUGUUUGAUGUGCUCAGCAGUUUCGACGCAGAGCAGCAGAGACUUUUCCUGCAGUUUGUAACAGGAAGCCCCAGGCUGCCUGUUGGAGGUGAGUGGUCAUGGAUAAAUACUCACCAUACACACUUGAAUAUUUUUUUUGUGCCUCAAAGUUGUGGUCCCAUUCUCCGAUUUUGAGGAUUGAACAAUCCCACACUUUGGGUGACAUGUUUUCUGAGUGCAAAGCACUUUAACUGAAGCUGCAGUCAUGUUGCGCCCUCAUGCACUUAGUAAAGAAAUGAACGGGACACUGCUCACCCUACUGCAUUAAAAUAAGGUAGACCUCAACCACAGAGAAUGGAAGAAGGCACGUUCAGUAUGUCGACUGACAAAUCCAACCAUGGCAGUUUUGAGCUGAUUCUGAUGCCACCUCUCUCUCCUCCAGGUUUCCGUAGUCUGAACCCGCCGCUGACCAUCGUGCGGAAGACAUUUGAGUCGACGGAGAACCCGGAUGACUUCCUGCCGUCAGUUAUGACCUGUGUCAACUACCUGAAGCUGCCCGACUACUCCAGCAUCGAGAUCAUGCGCAAGAAACUGUUGAUCGCGGCCCGCGAGGGCCAGCAGUCCUUCCACCUGUCCUGAUCUCGCAGUCUCUCUCCCAUUCAAAAUGCCUUCUACAGCAAACUGAAGAAAUCAUGACUUCCUUCUAGUUUUUCUAUUUCUAAUCACCUCCAAGGCAAAAUGUGUACAGCCUUGUUAGAGAACGCAGCUUGCAGAAAUUAAAAAAGGACUUGAGAUAUAUAUUUGCUGCCCCUGUCUCUCUUAGAAAAAAGGCAUUACAUGACUCACAGAAUAAAAAAAUAAAAAAAUAAAACAUCUGCGAAAAAAUGAUAUCAGUAGUUGAGUAAUGUUAAAAAAAAAAAAAAAGAAGAAAAUAAAAACCUGGGUGACAUUUUAAAAUGCAUUGCUGUGUGAUAUUUAAAGGGAUGUUUCCUCAGUGAUGAAUGAUGUCACUGUGGUGGGGAGGGGAGGUCCAUUGAGCAAGCUAGGUUCACUUUAGCUCCAAAGAUAAUUUGUACAGAAAAAAUGUGCAGACUGCUCAUUCUACACAUUUGAUAGAAUAGCUCUUUGUUCUCAUGUCUCCUUUCCCCUUCAGUUUGUCUGUUUGCAUUCUGUUCUCCUGUAUUAUACGGCCCCAGUUUGUGUGUUGCAUUUUGGUUCUGCUUUUUCCCCUCUGUGUGUUUUUGCUUAUACAUUUUUGGGAAUGGAGUUGCAGUUGGUUGACUGCGGGUAGUGAUGAGAGCGUAGUACCUACUCCCAAAUUGAGAUUGUGUUCUACAAUUACAAAGAGCUUCAGCUCAAAAGUUCUAAGAGUU